CUAAGCAAGAUUAAACCUAACCAAUUCCCUAAUCCUCUCUACUUCUUCCCUCGACCAAACCCUCCCUUCCCUUCCCUCUAGCUGCUGCUGCAGCUUCCCUUCCCUCCACUCUCUUCUCACUUCAACUCCAAAUCCCCAAACUUCUAUUUCCCACCAAGGAUCAACGCCCCUUUGAUCUCCUCCCUCAUUUCUAAUUCCUAGAUAGAACCCGGAUCGUGGGCUUCUAUCUAGGGUUGAUAAUCGGGUGUCAGUUAUCCAGUUUAACCAAAAGAUCGAUUAAUCGGAUAUCCAAAAAUUGCUUAUAAUGCAUCGCUUGUCAUUUUGGGGAAAUAUUAAUAACCGGCAUUUGCCGGUUGCUAACCGAUAACAACUCGGAGCAUCGCUGCUAACCGCCAGACCUCUCCCUUUACUCUCUCCGGUCUCUACCUUCCUUUCCCAGUCCCACCACUCCACCGGCUCCCCCUCAAACCUGAAUUCCUAAAUCCCAAUCUCAAUUUUUGCCGACCCAGAGACCAUCAACACCAUCUGCAUCUCAAAUCUCAAUUCUUUCCUCUAGCAUCAUCUACUCAAAUCAUCGUCAAGAACCUUCUUAUCUGUCGUCCACCGCGAUUCUCUUAGUCAUCUUCCUUUUGGGAUCUUUGCUUCUCUUCUAAAGGUGAGAUUUAGCCAUGAUAUUUGGCGGCGGUCAACCUCACCAUCGUCGUCAAUCUUUGUCACCCCCACUUCGCCUUGCAUCCUCCUCGCUCUCCUUCCUUCCUCAUUCUCGAUCGUGGACAUGAAAGGAGUCUAGGUGGUCGCCAUAGCUGAAAUCGUCGUCGGGAUUGAUGGCCGGAGUCGGAGAUCGUCUUGCAUGUUCCCGUCGGCCGCCUCCCUACCGUCCUCAUAGUUCGUUAUUGUCUGACAUCGUGUCGUUCGGAAGAAGAAGGAGAGAAUGAGGAGGCAGUGGUCGAGGCAUUAGGGUAGAGCCUGCCGCCAUGAGAUUUGGACGAAUGGUUUGUAGUGUUCGGAUUUUUUGGUGGAGGCUUCAUUUUUGUUGAACAGAGGUAGAUCUAGAAUUCUACAGAUGGAGACAGAUAGGGGUGUUCAAACGGUGUGGUUACCGUGGUAAUCGUUUUAACCGGUAGUGUUUGGAUAAUUUGGUUUGGUUAAUUUGGAUAAUUGGUUUGGUUUGGUUAAAUUUUCAGCUUGUAUGGUUUAGGUGGUUUGGUUUGGUUUCAUACACUCCUAACCAAUCAAACCAAAUUAACCAUUUAAGUAAUUAGCCAUAUAUAUAAUAUAUUAUACACACAUACUUAAUACUUUGCAUAACCACUUAAGAAUCAAAUGCAAUAUAAUUGUAACUUAAGAAUCAAAUGCAAUAUAAUUGUAUUAGUUACAUGUAUUUACGUUAAGGGUUAACUAUAAUUAUUUGUUUAUUGUUAUGUGUUAUUCAUUCAUUAUAUAAAUUGCAAAUUGAUGCACUAACUGGAAAAUUUUCUCACUUAAUGAUAAUGUGGUGGUAUAUUGGUUAUUUUGGUUAACCAAUUAACCAAACCGAUUAAACUUUAGUUUGGUUAAUUUGGUUGUUGUAUUAGUUUGGACGGUUUGGUUAUGAUAUUGUAUUCCAUGGUUAAUAGAUUUUAUACUAAUUUGGUUUGGUAAUUACCAUUAUAACCAUUUGAACACCCCUAGAGACAUAGAGCAAGAGAGAGAAUACGUGGAGAGAGAAGGAAUUGGAAAAGACUUUGUUUUUUUAUGAAAGAGACGAGAGCAAUUUUCCCCUUUAAUUUAUUAUUCUCCUCUACUUUGUAAUUAUAGAGGCGCAGUUUUUGGUGAUCGAAAGACUUAACCGCAAUUAGUAGGCCUCGGUUUUGCCUAACCGAUAAGAUUAACGGCGGCAGUUUUGGUUAGUGGUUUUGGGUCAUUUUUCGGCUGCGAUUAACCGAUCGGUCGGUUCAGUUUAACCGUAAUCGAACCAACUAACACACCUAGUUCUAUCACCAUCACACAACCAUUAGAUGGACUUGUUUGCGGGCUCGUUUGCGUCGUGAAUUUGAAAAAUGAAGGUUUUGGUAUAACUGGGGUUUUGAAAAACCAUGGAGAUAUGAGGGUUUUAGGUUCAUUAUGGAUUUGAUAAAAAUCAUUGUUUGUUUGAUGGAUUUCAAGAUGGAUUUUGUUAAUUAAAUUUGUAUGUAUAAAGUGUAAUUUACCUUUGUUGCCCUCAAUGAUAUAAGAAGCGAAAGCAAAUAUGAAGGGUAUGUUGGUAAAAAAUGAUGGAAUUAAAAGUCCAUAAUCAAUUCCCACCUAAAUAGGUGGAACUUUCAAGUCUGUGGGUUUCACGGAUUUGGUACCUUAAAGUUCGUGGGACCCACGGAUUUGUUUUCCCUAAAUGCAUGAAGCAAACAAUGGAUGAUUUAGGACAAAGUCCAUGAUGGAUUCAAAUCCCUCACCAAAUCCAUCAAGCAAACAAGCCCUUUAUGGAUUUGGUGAAGGAUUUGGUGAUGGUUUUGGAUUCAUGAUGGACUUUGUACAAAAUCCAUUGUUUGCUUCAAGUAUUUAGUAACAAAUCUGUGGGGCCCAUGGAUGAUAAUCGGCUUUAACAUAUUGAAUUCUUGGACUUUAUGUGAUUAUCCCAUGGUAUGUUUUAGCCAAUUGGUGCUAUUUUAGGGCUCGCUAACCCGAGAAUAGUUGAAAAACCAUUACUGCCUAGUUCCAUGAGUUUGAUGUAUUACAGGUAAAGAAAACACGAAAAAGAAGUGGCACCGGCAAACAAUUCUCGAAUCACUUGCUAAAUAGCACGUGAUCCUGGAUGGAGCAUCUGGAGGGAGUUUAAUGGUUGGUUGGUGAUUAUUUCGGGCUUGGGACAUGGAGCUGGGCUCAAGGCCCAGCUGGACUGGGGGAAAGGAGCAGAAGACGUGGGCUGGACUUUUUGGAAAUGGCUGGCGGCCAUUAUGGAGGGAGCAGGGGGAUAAUUGGAAUGGAAAUUAGGGGGCAGAAUAAAAGGCAGCAGGAAUUUUUGGGCCAGGGAAUUGCACAGGAGGGUCGACUGGGAAUUAUGGCCCACUGAACUACUUGGACCGGGUGGCUAUUAUUGGGGAAUUGGAAGAGGAGGAGGAGAAAGAAAAAGGGGGAAGGAAUUUCUCUGGCGGCGGAAUUUUUUGUAAAAAAGAAAAGAAAGCAGGCGCAGCGCAUAAAGCUUGGGACGAGAAGAUAGCUUCGUUCGGCGAUCGGCGGUCGAGAUUUCCAAGGCUGCCUGAGCUGAGUUCAACGAGAGCGAUUAGUUGGUUGGAUUCUCUGAACCAAAUUAGUUGUUUAUUGUUGAUUUGGUACAUGAUGAUCAAAACUAUAUUGUUUUAACUCAAUUUCAUCAUGAACUAAACCCCGAUUUCUGGGGGAAACACCAUAGGAUGUAGCUAGUUCUUGAUUUGAUGGAUUGAUUCAUAAUUCUUUUAUUCCAAUCUCUAUUGCAUGAAAUUACUUAAUGCUUUGUGUUGACUGGCCACUAAUACAACGAUUUGUAGUUAAUUAGGUUAUUAGCGACAGUAAAACCCUAUUAACUGAACCUAUUUCAUGUGACAUAGUAACUUAUCGAAGCGACAAUGGAUUAAAUAAGGUGCUAUGCGGCCUUAAAUAGGAUAUCGGUCUUCAGACUAAAUAAUUAACUCAUUGAGCUACGACAGUAGGAUUUGAAUUAAUUGCUUAGUACAUAGUAAUUCCCGACAGAGAUAGCUAGAGCAAAGUAGUGAUAUCCUGGAUGUAGAGAUAUGGAUGAAAUUGAUUGGAAUAUGUGAAUUAAUCUGGAUAGGAUAGGUAGUGAGUCCCGGUGUUUUUUCCCAGAGCUUUCUCCCAUUGAUUUUCUCCCGACCAUUUUACUUUGCUUAAUUAGUUUAAUUAUUUUGCUAGUAGUUAAUAAUCUCAUUAAACCAUUUUCACCUAUAGUUUGCUCUACAAAAUUGAUAGAACUUAAGGUUGUACCAAUCCCUGAGAGACGAUACCCGGACUUUCCGGUUUACUACGAGAUAGGAUUAAGGCAUACGCUUUUGCCCUAUCAAGUUUUUGGCGCCGUUGCCGGGGACUGCCAUACCUUAUUUUUGUUGAUUUUUGUGAGUGAACUAUUUUGAUCUGUGUUCUAGUGUGCAGGUGAAUUUCAGGUGUAUCCUCCUCGUGCAUGCCAAGGAGGACGACCGACAAUUUACUGCCACUUGAUCCAGAGAUAGAGAGGACCUGCCGACAGAACAGGAAGCGGGUCAAGUUAGGGAAGCAGCCUACCACAUCCACAACUCCUAGGCCUUCCCUAACCAAGAAUCGUCAACAGAGAGGGCAGGCUUCAUCACCUGUCGUCCAUACACCACCGACACCACCACCUCGUGAGGUUGAGCCAGACAUCAUGGCAGACGAGGAUCGAUCCAUCGGGUUCGUCUGAAUCGGAGGACUGGAGCCCGAGCUUCAUGUGUUGUCAUCCCGGCUGGGGAUACAACCAUGGAAAUUACCCCAACAUUCAUCAAUAUGAUCACUAAUGGGUACACCUUCUCAGGGGCUAGCACCGAGGAUCCUCAUGAACAUCUCCGCCGGUUCGCAAGCAUUUGUGAUACGAUGAAGAGCCCGACUGUGUCUGAUGAUGCCAUCCGUCUUCGGAUUUUCUCAUUUUCUCUGCUAGGGAAUGCAUCACACUGGUUCCAGAACUUAACACCCCGUUCAAUCACGACAUGGGGCCAGCUUGAGAAGACCUUUUUGGAUAAGUACUUUCCUCCUGCCAAGGCAAUGAAGAGGCAAGAGGAAAUUGUCACUUUUAAACAAGCUAAAGACGAGAGUCUGAUCGAGGCAUGGGAGCGCUAUAAGGGGCUUUUAAUGAGAUGCCCAAGCCACGGUCUAGAAGAUUGGAACGUGAUCUCCAUUUUCUUCAACGGAAUCAGAAGAAAAUUCCGAGAUGCUCUGUAUAAUGCUUCCCGAAAUGGUUUCACAAGAAUGGAAGCGCCAGAAGCAUAUGAACUGGUAGAGAAGAUAUGCUCUGAAGAUACUGAAUGGGGUAGUGAGACCAGCAUACGAAGGAGAGGAGGCUUGCAUGAGAUAGACAGAGUUGCAAGUUUAGAAGCAAAGAUUGAUGCUAAGCCGGAUUCCAAGUUCGAUGCACUCGAACGAAGGCUGGCUAAGAUGGCAUUUGGUAGAUAGGAGGAGGUUGCUUUUUGCGAAUUAUGUGAACGUGCUCAUCAUAGGGAUCUAUGUCCACUGGUAGCUGAUCAGUUGGAAGAUGUGCACUAUAUCAACAAUCAGCGAAAUCAAAGGUCAGGGUGGUAUGUAUUCAAAUAUCGACAACCCGCAAUGGAGGAAGCAUCCUAACUUUUCCUGGGCGAACAACAACCCAAAUGGUGCUCGCAACAUUCCACCUCCAGGCCUGCAGAAACAACAACCUCUACCUCAACCAGAGAAGAAACCUGAUAACGAUGUAAUUGCACGUAUUUGCGCCCCUAGUUCUUAUCCGUUUGAGGGGCAUAGUCGUGUAUUUUUGGCCUAUUUUACGCCGGGUUGUGCUAUUUUGUCAUAUUUCAGGUCCCAGGCGUCAAAGGAAAGGCUAAGCACGAGUUUCGGGGCAUUCGGAAGUCAUUUGGUGAAGCUGGAGCCAAAACACGGGCACACCUAAAGCAUUACACGUCCGUGUUCUGAGGCCGUGCUUUUACUGCCGAGAGCUAAUUCGAGUUUGGCAAACAUUGGCUAAAAACACGGUCAGGGCUUAGACAAAGCACGGCCGUGGCCACCACAAGCACGGCCGUGUCCAUCAUCAAACACGCCCGUGUUUCUCCCAACACAAUGGCUGUGUAAUUAACCCUAGCCAAAGCACGGGCGGGCUGAAGCAAAGCACAGCCGUGCCCUCGACCGUGCUUUGGCCACUGAUGCCCUUUUAAGCAGAUUUCAGCCAAAACAGAAGGGGAUUCGAGUUUUAGAGAGACAGAGCGAUUCCUAGAGAGAGAAAGUGACGAACAAGAGUCUCCAAGUGCCCUAGCUUGAUCUUCAUCACCAUUGGAGGCCAGCUUGAGCUUGGAGAAGUGCCGAUCAACGUCCAGGAGCAGGAAUCCAUCCUUUACAGUAUGAAUUCCGCGUCUGAUUCUGCUUUUGCUUCUUUCUCCAUGGAGUAGUUCUCCCAUUCAUCUGGGUAUGGAGAACCCUAGAUUUGUAUGUUAGGUUUGAUUGUAUGAACCCAAGUAUUGAUUCUAUGAUUUGAUUAUAUUCAAUUGAGGUUUGAUUGAUUGAAUGGCAUGAAUCCUGAUCAAAUUCCUGUUGUUUCUACUUUAACCUAGAAUGCGAAUAUCUGCCUAGGUUGAUAGAGCAUCCUUGAUUGAAGGUAGGGAGUUGGUGACUUUAGUCGAGGAGCCAACUCACUAUUGUGUACCGGAUUUACUCCGGUAGUGGAGGUUUUGUUUGUUAAGGCCUCAAUCUGUUUACUCCGGUGGAGGUUAGUCGCCCGCUAGAGACUCAGAUUGAGAGGGUCUGAAGACCUUUAGUUGAGACUUCAGGCUGUUUAAGAACCUUCCGCAGUAUAACUAUCAUAGAAACUGAACUUGGUAAUUACAAUCCGGCUUAACUGCAGUCUAGGGGGAACCAUAUCCGGGUGACCUCUCUUAACCUGAAUACAACAAUUUACUUGCUUUGUUAGUUUGUUAGUUUAGACUUGCAUUAAAGUUUCAUUGCUAGA